GCGCGUGGCGCGGCCGAGUCCGCCCAGCGCUACCGGCACCAGGGGCUCUUUCUUACCGGAGGAGGCGGCGGGCGCCAUGGGCGGCUCGCGCCCCAAGGCCGUGGCCAAGAAGGUGAUCAAGGGUGGCAAGUGCAAUCAGAAGAGCGCCGACAAGGCGCCCCCCAGGCCCGUUCAGCAUGGGAGGGGUGCGAAGGCAGGGGCCGACCAUGCCCUGCUGAAGGCGCGCGAGAGUUUCUGCACUACGUGCCACCAGGGGACCCGCGGCUACGAGAAACACGUGGAGGGGGAGGCCGAGUACCUCUGGUGGCCGAAGCUCGAGUUCGCUAAGUCCACGCAGCUGUGGACGCCCAUGGGGCACGAGUGCGGCAAUUGCGGAUACGUCAGAGGUCGCUACUACUUGAAGGGGACGAGCCAACUGGGGGUCAACGAGAAGAUACAGAGCAGUCAGGCGGAGGCUGACAGACACGACCGCCUUCGAAAGGACCGUGCAACAGGCACCAACAUGCUGCAGGACUCCGAGAGCGCCAACGUGAAGCACGAGACCAGCAAGAAGGAAGAGGCUUACACGGACGCGUUCGAGGAAGGUCACUUUCACGAGCUUAUGAAGUUUGCCGAGGACCGCAACCUCCGCUUUCCAGAUCAGGAGUCCCUCAUUAACCACAUCCAGGAUACGAUGAAGUACGAGGUCGGAGUGGGGGAGACGGGGGAGAUCGGGGUGUUUGUGACUGAUAUGCCACGUGGGGCGUCCUACAAAUUCAGGCGCGGGGUGAAGCGCGCCGCCGUGCACAAUGAGACCGAGGAGCACGCCGACGCAGGUGGCGCCAGGGAUCGCCACGUCGAGAACGUUGAGGCGGAUGGCUUUGCGGCAGGGGACGACUCGGCCGAGCAGCACCAGCAGCGCGCCGAAGCAGAUGAACGUGAGCCAUCCCCUAUUGGCGGCUUCAUGGCGGGGCCCAUCGCCGCCGCUGGCGCUCCGUCCACCGCGGCCGCGAGCACCGUCGACUCGGGUCGCUCGCUGCUCGAAGAGGCCGAGACGACCUACUCGACGGGUGUUCUCUGGAACAAGAAGUACAGGCCCCGCGACUUCGAGAACAUGCUCACGAGAUUGUCGGCCAAAUCUUCGAAGGUGUCUGCUGUGUCUGGAGAGGCUGGCUCGUCUGAGGUAUCCGAGCGCCUCUUCAACAUGAGUGUGAGGCUCGAGGAGAGCCGCAAGAUCUUGCAGGAUCUGAGGGAAUCGCCCAUGAAGGCAAUCGAGAACUCCAGCGAUACCAUGGGCGUCCUAAAGACAGCAGACAUCACCGUACAGGCGAACAUGCUGAGCACCACGUCUUUCAACCUGAUGUCGCUGGGCAUUGACGGCAUGGUCGCCGCCCUCAUGAUUGCGAAGGACCGCGGGACUGACAACUUUUCGGUGGGUGCGCUCACUGUCAAAGAGGGCGUCGACGUCAACGCCGAGGAGACGAAGGCCACCACGCAGACGAACAUGAUCGCCAGCUUCAUGGAGAAGUCUUUGAAGCGAAUGUCCGAGGCAGACUUCUCCAAGACGAUGCGCAAAUGCGACAGCUGUAUUGGCGUCGUUGACCGGGACAGCUUGGACGUCCAGGUUCCUCUCGUGAGCGCGUCCACUGGGUGGAUGCCUCAGGUGCAUGUCGACCUCGACGCGAUGCGCUUGUUCGGUAUGAUCCUGGAGUUCGAGCCGUCGGAGAGGCUUCCACGGCAUCUUCGAGUGCAAGCUCUCAGAUUGGAUUCCCUCAAGCACAUGAUGAGCAACAGGCUUCGUUGUCUCAUCAGGGUCAGCGGGGGGACGGGCAGCAACGCCAAGGCUGCCUGGGACCGCAUCCCCAAACAAGAUGUCGGUUCGGAGCUCGGGCCGCUCGCAUUCGAGGUGGAAGAGUCCUUGAAGCAAUUCGUGGCUGAGAUCAGUGAGACCCUCCAGGCGAUGGAUAGCGAGGCCGCCGUGGAGGUACUGUACACUUCGCUCGUGAAGGCCGCUGAGAGCAAAGGCGACGACGUCCAGAAGUUCUCGAAGUACGUGGACACGCUCGACGACGACGCAAACAACAUCGGCGAGAAGAACGUCGAGCUGCUGAAGUUGCGCGACGACUUCAUCGAGACGACCUGCAAUGCCAUGGCGGCGGUGCUCACCCACUACGGCAAGUUCACGGACUACGCGAACGACAUCAUGACCAACAACUUGAUUUUUACGUCCGGAGGUGAAGCGGAUGCUAUUGAUCAGCAUGAGGCCGACCCCUUCCGGCUCGUCGUUCAGAUCUCGACGUUCUUGCUGUCCUUUGAUGUCGGGGCAGCCGACAGGGCCGUCAUCGUGGAGGCGCAGCAGCGCAGUCAGAUGAUGGUUGACAUAUCGGAUGUGAAGCAACGCAGCUGCUACAAGGACAGCGCCUCUGUGAUCGCAAUGUGGAGCGAGAUCUGGGUCAAAGAGGGGUCCGUGAAGUGCGCGUCCAAAGUGCAGGACACCAGAGUCUCAUCUUUCCAGGAACUCUCCGAGGCCUUGUCGUCCUACUCCGUGCAGGCCCCCAUAGACAUGAUUUUCCAGGACAUCGUCGGCAGUGAGGAGUGUUGCAAGGUGGAUGCGCAGUUCUUGUCUGCCAUGAAGACGCUGGAGUCUCGCCUCCCGCCCUCGGUGACGCCGUUGGUGGACUCAGCGAAGUCCUACAUGACGAUCCGCCAGUGCUACGAGCAGAUCUCCCAGGGCAAGAGCGUGGGCUGCAUUGCGGCAAACACCAACCUUCGUUUGAACGAGGGCCUGCACGACGUCGUCAAAGAGAAGCCCGAGAUGCAGACGUGGAAGGCCGCCCUGAUCAAGGAGUGGCAGGCGGGUACCGCGAUGAUCUUGUCGAACUUGGACACGGCGCACAUCGACGCGUUCCUCGCGAAGUACGGGCAAGGCGGCGAGAAUCUCUGGGGUCUCAUCGAGACGUGGACCUUCGACGAGAAGUGCUGGCUGGCGGAUUCGACCCCAGAUAAAGCGCGCGAGGCCGAGUUCCAGAAGACCGAGUCGUUCAUUGUGAACUUCACGAUGUCGGAGCGCAUCGUCGAGGACCUUUGCGCGACGACGCAGUCGGCCUCUUGGGCUUCGCCUGGCGAGCUCGAGAAGCUGCGCGACACCAAGAGCAAGCUGCCCAGCCUCAAGGAGAAGCGGGACCAAGUCGCGAAGCUGAUGGGGGCGGCCGUGCUGUGCAACGCCAUCGUGACUGACAGUGGCAAGCAGAACACCCUGAAGUACGUGACUGGGCGCCUGGGGGUCCCCUUGGCGACGCUCCCCGCCUCUCUCGCCCAGAAGCUCGAGGAUGCGCCCGGGCAGGGCUCAGC